AUGACGGGAAGCGUCGAUAUCCUGCGGUUCCUCGUUGAAAAUGGACUAGAUUGUACCAUUUUGAACCGUAAUGGACACAGUGCACUGCAUAAAGCAGCCAUGAAAGGUCACGAGGACGUAUGCAUGUGGCUGCUUCUCGCAACGUCAGAAGGUGGUGGUGGCCUCCAAAGAAAGCACAUGCAAGCCGAUGACGAAGGAUUCACGCCCAUGACAUUCGCGUCGGCAAACGGGCACAGUCGACUGGGUCUCCGUCUUCAAGCUGCCUACGAUGCACUUCCAUUCGCAAUGGGCGACCUAUCAACAUGA